CUUCUUGAUUUCAGAUCGCCCAAUCUUAAUCUCGUCUACUAAAAGAUUGUCCGGAUCCCAUACCGUGAAUAUUUGCAGCAUUGAAUUUGGCAUCAUGAAUACAACGGCGAACUUUAUCUGCUACCCUCUUGCGUGUCAAAGAAAGUUGCAUGAGUGCUGCAUCCACCCUUGCCCUGCGUACAAGUUUGCACACCAAGUUGAGCUUUUUCAUUGAUGUGCGGAAUCGCUUCAGGACAGCUCUUGCACGUGGAAAAUCGUGGUGCUCUGCAUUGUGUCUUGAAUUAGGCUUCUUCUCUACCAACGGAGUUGUCAUUCCUACUGGCUCGGUUGAAGCUACCACGGCAUCCGUAGCAAGCAAUCGUUUAUGGACGAUAUUGGGCGUGCAUACCCAAAGUCCCGAUAGUUGCCUGUCAAGUGAGCUAACACUCGGUAAGGAUCCUUCUCCCACUCGAGUCACUGCACUUGCAUUUGCACGAGGGAAGAAGUGUGAACUGGUGGGCGAAAGUCGCAUCUUCACAGGUCUCACAAGAGACGAGAGGAGAUGAUUUGAAAAGAAAGAGAGAUUAUGAGGAGCUUGUGGUGGUCUCUUUCCCAGCAUCCUCCAAGUCCCUAACUUCAUUGGCUGUAUCACCGCACGCGCGCUCCGCAUGGCGCCCACCGCGGCU